AUGAUGGAUUUUGACGACAGGGUCCCUGUCGGAUCGAACAUGUAUUUACCCAGCUGCACCUACUACGAGUUCUCCGCGCUGCCUUCCUUUUUGUCGCAGAGUCCGUCCACGCGACCCUACUCGUACUCGUCCAACCUCCCGCAGGUCCAGCCGGUCAGGGAAGUGACGUUCCGGGAGUACGCAGCCAUCGACGCGUCCAGUAAAUGGAGCCACCGCGGUAAUCUGGCGCAGUGCUACCCGGGCGCCGACGACAUGGUGCACCCAGCGCAAGCGGACAUUUUCGGCAAGAGUAGCCCGGCUGCAGCUGCCGCUUAUCACCAUCAUCACCACCACCACCACCAUCACGCCGCCGCAGCAGCAGCGGCUGCCGGUUCCUCUAAUUUUUACGGCAACGUGGGGCGGAACGGCGUCCUCCCGCAAGCUUUCGACCAGUUCUACGAAACCGCAUACGGCCCCUCGUCGGAGAGCUCAUCGGCCAACUUCCCCGCGGACAAGCCGUCCAGCAAGCCGCCCGCUUCGGCUCCGGAUGACUCCGUCUCGGGGUCCUCCGAAGCUAAGGAGCCCCGCGAGGAGGACAACAGCAGCCCCGAGCUGUCUUCCGGCAACAAUGAGGACAAAUCCGCCAGCAAUGGAGCCAGAACCCGCAAGAAGAGGUGCCCCUAUUCCAAAUAUCAAAUCCGAGAACUGGAGCGCGAGUUCUUUUUCAGCGUGUACAUUAACAAGGAGAAGCGUCUGCAGUUGUCUCGGAUGCUCAACCUGACCGACCGCCAAGUCAAGAUCUGGUUUCAGAACCGCCGCAUGAAGGAGAAGAAGCUCAACAGAGACAGAUUGCAAUAUUAUACCGCCAACCCACUGCUUUAG